AUGACAAGCAUAAUCCCCCGCCCCAAUCCUGACAGUUACAUCACUCAGCCGCAAAAUGAAAGACUGGAAGAUGAACUCGCAGAACUACUGGGAAAGUUGGUCUAUAAAGCUCUGGACUGGGGAAUUGAGAGCCAUAUGGAGCGAGAGUUGAGUGAGUCCUUGGAGAGGUUAAUAUCCUUUAUGCUGAAACUGAAUCAAGAGGAAACAAAGCCAGCAGUCACUUUCCAUGAUGUCAUCAAGAUCUGCGAAGACCACUUUCUCAAGCCUUCUGAAGCUGCUGAUCAUUACACAGUGAUCUGCCAAGUACUGUUUGCUGAAUACAUAGAACUUCAGAAGCUCAUGUUGACCAUACAGAGUUGCAAAGAGUAUUUAGGAAGAAUGGAUGUGGAAGACUGCUGUCCAAGGCAGAAGACUCAUGACUGGGCUGGUUUAUGGCAAGAUGUACUUGGUGGUUUGCAGAAAGGUGCGAGGCUCCACAAGGUCAUGGAGCACCCGCAACCUCAGACUCAUCUGAAACAGUGUGCCUGCUCUGUGUAUAAUGCUGUGGUAGAUGAUAUCAAAAAUAAGCACUACACCCUCCAUAAGGUAUCAACACGAGAACUGAAAGAGAGAGUCUGCCAGGCACCCAGUCUACACGAGCAGCUCAUGAGGGAAGUGAAAAAUCCCCCAAAGCUUCGAACAGUCUCUGCACAGAAAAGUAAAACUAAACAAAUAGAAGACGAUUGUGAGUUAUUCUUGAAUACUCCAUGCAAUACCUUCUUUGAUCAAAACGGUGGUACAAAGAUAGUUGUUUCAAAAGCUAAAAAGCCAAGGUUGAGUUGCAUCCAGUUAGAGUCAGAACUUAAGUUGUCUACCUGCAGUCAGAAGACAUCUACAAAAUGGUCAUUACCAACCAUUGCAGACUUGAUGGAAACAAGGUUUGCAGAACAUGUGGCUGGAACUGAGGAUUCCUGCCAAAGACACAGAUCUUCAAGGUCACAGGUUUGUCUGGCUUGUCACAAUGAGUUCUUUAUAUGGCCUUACGUAUGCCAUCUUUGUAGCAGAGUGAGCUGUAAAAAUUGCUGUGUCAAGGUGACCAUGCCAGUCAGGCCUUGUAUACGCCUGCCUCUUAAUUUUUUUAAAGUCAUAAGACUCUGUAAAGAAGACCUGACUAUGGAGGGCCAGAAAACUAUGCAGAUGUUGUAUGAAAUUGAACACUGGGAUUGUUCAAGAGUGCCUCUUGUGCUUGAACCUCACUGCUUAUCACCACCCCUUGCAUCUCGCACAAGAACCAUGAUGAAUUGGCCAUCUUUGGAUGUCUGUGUCAAAUCAUCUGUACUGGUGACACAUUUCUUUGAUUCCUCUUCAGAAGCUCGAAGUGGCAGCCACGCCAGCAAGCCUCCCUCUGACUUAUAUGCACAUACUGCCCUCCUGAGCAUAUUCUCUGAUGCACAGUUGAUUGAAGGUGCCAGUCUUGUUGACUCUCCUGGGCCCUGCAAUGAAGACAAGGAAUCUGCAAUGAAGACAAGGAAGAUGUGAAGAAAAGGACAGCACUGAUGAACAAACAAGGAUUCCUGCAUUUUCAUGUCAUGACCAACCAUAGUUCAGAAUCACAUUUAUGACCCUCCAGCAAACCAGAGUUUUUGGAAGCCAACAUUUCAAUGUCAUGACAACCUGGAAUUUAACAAAAUUACAGUUAUAACCAUGGUCUUGUAAAAUCUGAAUGCUACUAUAAUCUUUAUAUACAGUCCUUCAGCGAUGCUUAAUUCCAGAAGAAUUCCUCGGUAAGGGAAAGAGGCUGUGGACUAUAGUAUUGUGCACAGUACAUAAUAGUGUUGCUGUAUGUAUUAUCUUACUAUGUAAUUUGGACUUCAUUUAAUUGCAUGUUAAUGUGUAUGAUUUGUUUCAGCUGUGUUCCAGUUUUUUUUAUCUGGUGUUAAUUUCCAUAUCCUAAUCCUAUUGCAUUGCUUACUGACUGUACUGAUUUACACUGUAUAAUCCACUUUGAGUCUCAGUGAGAAAUGUGGACUAUAGAUAAUGUUAAUAAACACGUUAUGUGCUUCAACUACUUAAA